AUGGCGUCGUCCAAGGUUGUUGCUGUCUCAACAAACCCGGAUCUGCCACGCGCCUCUUCUAUAUCAUCCUCCUCCUCCUCUUCUUUUCAUCUCUCUGAUUCUUCUCACGCGCCUCCCAAAAAACUCACCACCAUGGACGAAAUUCUCAAGAACAUUUACCCCGCCGCAAUAGAAGCUGCCAAAAAUCACCAACAACAAAAACAAGAACCGCACGAAUAUCCAGAACAGCAGCAGCAACACCAACAGCAUUUCUUCAACAACACAAUCGAUGACGUCUGGUCGGAUAUAAUCGCCGGCCCAGGUCCCGGCACAACCCCUUAUCAUCAGCAGCAUCAAUAUCUAUAUCCAUAUCCAUAUCAGCAUCAAUAUCAAUAUCAAUAUCAACAACAACAACAACAACACCCACACCCUUCUUCCGAUGAAGCUUUCUCCGCCUGUACCGGCGAUGAAGGUUUCUCCGCCUGUACCGGCGGCGAUGAUGUUACUCUAGAAGAUUUCUUGUUGAAAGCUGGUGCUGUUUCUUUCCCUCAUCUUAGUCAACAUUCUUCUUCUUCAGACCCUUCUCAUUCUCUUGAUGUUGCUGCCGUGGGAAAACGAAAGACUGUAGAGGAAACAACAGUUGAGCUUGAUAAAGCUGCUCUUCAGAAAAAGAAAAGAAUGAUCAAGAAUCGUGAGUCUGCUGCCAGGUCUAGAGAACGCAAACAGGCUUAUACUAAUGAGCUUGAGAGAGUUGUCAAGCAAUUGGAGACAGAAAAUAAGCUGUUGAUAGAAGAAGAGGAAGAAAGGAAAAAGGAAAGGCUCAAGCAACUGAAAGAGUUGGUCCGUCCAAUUAUGGAGCGGAGACAGAGACAAAAUCAAAGUCUGCGGAGAUCAAAUUCAAUGUAG